GGUUGUUUCACUUCUCUUGUGCAUCGAAUAUAUAUCGUCAAAAAGUCAUCCUUGACGGACAAGUCACAUCCCAACUUUCAAUCUCAAGGAUUUCCAUUUCGAUCGGGAGCGAUGGCGACUACAGUGCGGCUACUCGGGGCGCAUUCAGCCAAACUCGAUGCUGCCCCAUUACCCUCAACGCUUAUCACGUUUGAGCCUUUUGAUCUGCCAUCGAGCAACCAGCGUAUCCUUGGUGCGCCUCACCCUAAGGACACAGCCAUUCCGCUAGCAUUGAGACCUUCUGUUCGUGAUAGCAGCGAAAUCGACCUAGAUAACGUCGUCGACACUAUCAAAUCACUCCAAGCGCAAGGAGGCAUUUUGACCGAGGCACUCGCCCGCCACGGAACUCUACUAUUCCGCGGCCUUCCUAUCCACAACGCCCAAGACUUCAGCAAGUUUGCUCACGCUUUCGGAUACCAUCCGCACGAAAUUAUUGGAAUUGUCGUCAACAGACCAGUACUGGCCCCAAACGUGGCACCGGCGAAUGAGGCGCCAAAGGAUGUUCUGAUCUACAAUCACAACGAGUCUCCACAGGUCCCACAUGCUCCCGAGUAUAUCUUCUUUUAUGGUCACCGGGUUCCAGAAAAGGGGGGUGAAACACCCAUCUCAUCAUCUCUGGAACUGUUUUAUAGAGCGCAGCAGGAGAUUCCCGAGUUUGUUUCUGAGCUCGCCGAGAAAGGAAUUCUCAGCAAAGUCACCUACAAGGCGGAAAAGCAGUAUGAGGGCGGAUCAACUCUGAAGCAAGCAUUCGGAAAAGAAAUCCAGGACGGGGACAAUGAGGCCACAAGGCGGGCGAAGAUUGAGGCUCAAAUUGCUCGGUAUGGUCGCGGCAAACAUACCACGUGGGAGUGGACAGAGGACGGUAGCAUUGUCUUGACGCACCGAUUGCCAGCUGUCCGAACCCAGCCAGAGACGAACCUCCCAACACUCUUCACGGGCCUGGCAGCUUAUUAUCAGAACAACCUGCACAACGCUAACAAAGGAAGAAAGAAUUCCGCUCAACAACUUUUCGGCGACGGAACUCCUAUCCCGGACAAAUACCUGGCUCACCUGGCUAAAAUCACCGACGAGAUCCGAGUUCUGCACAAAUGGGAGCGAGGUGAUGUUCUCGUCUAUGAUAAUAUCAUUGCUCAGCAUGGCCGACAACCUUGGGAGGGCGAGCAAGAGGAUCGCGUGGUUAUGGCCAGUCUUUUCGACGGCCACAGAGUGCCUGGUGCUUACGGUGACGAAGAUUGGGCCCAGGUUGUCCAGGCCCUUGACGGGUAGUACAAGACCCCGAGCCUAGAACUUCCAAUCUUCGCUCCCUUCCCGAAUGUUGUCAACAUUACAUUCUCUCAAUCCUACUUAGGGUAGGUAUGAUAUCUUUUUCGAAAGAAAAUCCUAUAAAC